GGAGGGCAGCGGCGGGGAACCGUCCGCCGGCGGGCGCAGGUCAAGGGGAUUACUUUGCUGCCCGUGCUCUUCUCCGCGUUCUCCCGCCUCCCUUUCCCCCGUGGUUAUUUUGGAUCAAGCUGUGGCGGCGGAAGGAGCCUGAAGUCAACGCUUCCGCCCAGUUUUCCUGUGAGGAGGAGGCGGGGGCGGCCGCGAGGAGCCGAGGCGGCGGCAGCGGCCGCUAAUGGAGUUACUGCUGGGGAGGAAGCGCUGCCGCUGAACUUCCCUGCGGGCUUUCUCCCUCUUCUCCCCCUCGUCCUGUGGCCGGGGGCUCCUCUCUCGCCCUGGCAGCUCCGCUCCCCCUCCCUCCCCGCGCCUCUUCUCACACAAACAGCCGUGACGCAUCCUCGUUCUCCGCCGUCCCCCCCCCUCCCCCCCCCCCGCCGGGCUUCCCCCCCCCCCUUCCCCCCCCCCCCCCCCCCCCCCUUCCUUCCCCGCCUGUCCCGGCCUGUGGCAGCUCCGGUGUCUGGAGGAAUUUGUGCCGCCGCCUGCCCCGGCUGUGCGCGGGAGGCGGGCGGGCAGGGAGGGAGGCGGCCGAGCAGCAGGAGGAGGAGAAGGAGGAGGAGGGCAGCGGCGAAGGCGGCUGCAGCGGGAGAUGAGCUGCAGCGGGAGGACGGUGCGGUGCAGCUUUUUGCGGCAGGGAACCAUUCCUUGUCUCUACAACUCUGUCCCCCUUUAACCGGGAGCAGCUCGAGAACAGAAGAUCCGUGGUUGUUGCUGCUGUUUGCACCACUACCUUCACCACCACCAUCAUCACCUUUUAAGAUAAGGGAAAUACGCUGCACCGCCGGACAACAGGAUUUCGUGUUUCCAGGAUAAAGACCGCUCUCCUUCCCCUUUUCCCUUCCUCUCCCUCACUUCACCGCACGGCCCGUGCCCUGGCCGGGGGCGGCGGACCGGGGGGGUAACAAUGGUGAAGUUUCUGGUGAGUUCUGGCUGCGCCCUGGCUGCGUCGGUGCUGCUCCGUGUGCCUGUCGGAUCGUGGUGAGGAGAAAAUGAGCGAAGAGACGGCGACUUCUAACAACGAUAAUAGUUAUGCACGAGUGCGAGCUGUGGUGAUGACCCGGGAUGACUCAAGUGGUGGAUGGUUACCACUUGGAGGGGGUGGACUAAGCUGUGUCACAGUCUUCAAAGUCAUUCCCCAGGAAGAGAAUAGCUGUGCUGAUUUUCUUAUCCAUGGAGAACGACUCAGGGAUAAAACGGUGGUCUUGGAAUGCACACUAAAGAAAGACCUCGUUUACAACAAAGUUACUCCUACUUUUUACCACUGGAAGAUUGAUGACAAAAAGUUUGGCCUCACAUUUCAGAGUCCUGCUGAUGCAAGAGCAUUUGAUAGAGGUAUUCGGAGAGCAGUAGAGGAUAUUUCUCAAGGUUAUCCACCCUCCCAAAAUGAUGUUGAAGUGGCAGAAGACUGCUUUCAAACUGCUCAAGAAAAUACAUCAGGUUCAUUAAUGAAAGAUCACCUUUUUCAACAUGAAACUGUAGUAACCAGUGAAACCUACAACAGUGCAAAUUUAAGGCCUUCAGCAUUUGAGGAUUUCAACACCAGGAGAGCCUGUUUUCCUAACCAGCCUAACCAGGUCCCACUGAAGUCCAUCAGACACGUUAGUUUUCAGGACGAAGAUGAAAUUGUUAGGAUAAACCCUCGUGACAUUUUGAUACGUCGUUAUGCAGACUACAGGCAUCCUGACAUGUGGAAGAACGACCUGGAGAGGGAUGAUGCAGACUCAAAUAUACCAUUUUCUAAAUCAGACAGUAAAAAAUCUGACUAUUUAUACCCAUGUGGGGAUGGAACUAAGUUGAAUUCCCUGAAAGACUCGAAGAGUUCUGUGGUAUUUAAAACUCAGCCUUCCUCAUCAAAAUUUAAAAACUCCAAAAGAAGAAAAGAGGAUGGUGAGCGUUCCCGCUGUAUAUACUGCCAGGAAAGGUUUAAUCAUGAAGAUAAUGGCAGAGGAAAAUGUCAAGAUGCGCCAGAUCCUAUUAAAAGAUGUAUCUACCAAGUUAGUUGCAUGCUUUGCGCAGAGAGCAUGCUGUAUCACUGCAUGUCAGACUCUGAAGGAGAUUUCUCUGAUCCUUGCUCGUGUGACACUAGUGAUGACAAGUUCUGCUUACGCUGGUUAGCACUGGUGGCACUCUCUUUCAUUGCUCCAUGUAUGUGCUGCUACCUCCCCUUGAGAGCUUGCCAUCACUGUGGUGAGGUGUGUGGGUGCUGUGGAGGAAAGCAUAAAGCUGCGGGAUGAAUCAGUCUUGUGCCAAACAGAGCUGAAAAAUCUUUGUUUCCAGGAAGCAUCUAACUUGGAUUUGUGGAAGCUUUUUGGCAAGCUGAAGGGAAUCUUCUUUCACAUAAGAGAUGCUUGAUGUGGAGGAAGCAACAAGACUUGUCAGACCUUGGCAUUUUACAAGUGGUAGCCACGCCUAACUAUUUCCUUUGAGUGCGUGGCAUUUGUUGCAAGUUGUGAAGGAGAUCUUGCAAAGGAAAGCCUGUUCUUAUUAUUGGCUAUAAAAUGAGUAUAUAAACUAUGAUUAUACUAAAAGAGAUUAACUUUUGCCACUUUGUACAUUCAUGGUUUAGGUGAGGGGGCUCUUUUAAAAGGAUUAAACUUACCUGAUGGAAAUUUUAACUAAAAGUGCACUAGUGACAGUUGAUUUAAGAUUAAGAAAAGUUAAUACUUGGCAAAUGAGAAAUAAAACUGAUUUUAAGUGCAACUAAAUCACUUAUUAAUAGUUUUUUGGAAGCGACUUUAUGUAUAAAUAACAAAUGUUUAUAUUUAACUAAAUGUGUAAGGUACGAAUUAUUACAUGUUAAACUUUCCUUCCCUCUGAUAUAGUAGGUAUGGACCAUAUCUACUGUCACAUUCCAUGGUAGUAUUUUAAAUAUUUAAUUAGUUAAUUUAGUUGCAUUUUUAUUCCAGAUGGACGAAUUGAUAUUUUCAGUCCUGGUUCCCUUCAGCUACAGUUUGUGUUGAAUUGUAUCCAUACAUUCUGAUAAUCUAAAAACCUUUAAAAUAUUAAUUAUUCUAGUCUCAAGUGACCAAUAUUUUUUGUUAAGCACAGAUGUAAUUGUCUAAAAUGUUCUUGUUAGAACAUAACAUUUAUUUUUAUAUAUAAAUGACUUUGAUUUCAACAUAAUAGCAAAAAGGACGUUGUUUCUGUUGUUCAACCAGCAAGUUGUUUUCUUUUGGGGUGUCCUCCAAAAAUAUUUUCUUGCAUAUUCAGAUGUUCAUUAAGCAAAAGGUACAUUAAGGCAGUUGUAACAAAUUGUCAUCAGUGUUCUUGUUUAUCCUUCUGUUAAACUAGGAUCCUGUUCAGCUGUUUAUCAAGUACUAUGAUUAAAACAAAAGAUUAAUAACAAAA